AGCUGCUCAACCGUCCCAACCAGACACAAUUGACUGCUAAUAACCUCGAAACACAAACAAGACACUUGUGUCGUACACUACAACAGUUAUCGCACUGAUAUCUGGCACAAGGCAUUACUAAUAGCAACCGUUCUAUACAUAACACGAACUAAGAAUAGCUCGUUAUCUAUAGCAACAACAACAGCGUACGGCCAUAAAUACCAACUAAUAGCACAAAAGCAUAGAAUAGCCAAAGUACUCUACGCAUAGAAUUACGACGAUAAUACCAUACUCGCACCAUGUCGUUGUUAUACCACCCUCUCUCCAGAUCUGUCAACACCAGAGACUUGUCUGGCUGCUUGACUCCAAACAACCAGGCUGUAGAAGAGUUCAAGUACAAGACGUCGGAGCUCGUGACCUCCGCAGCCAAGCCCUCGGUCACAUCCAACAUCCUCUCUCCACCGCUCUCGCCCUACCAGCGCAACAAUGUCACCAUCCACCCGCCAUUGGUGAUGGAGAAGCUGUACAUGCAGACGGUGUCGCCCUUCAAGAUUGAAAACUACCAGGACUACAAGCUCACCAUCGAUGCCUGGGCCGAAUUGGGCCCUGCCUAUAAGAGCCACCAGUUGCACUUUCUCGACCAGUACAGCGUGAUUCUGCAGGAAGAGCUGCAAAAAAAGUCUGCGUUUUUGUUGCAGCAAAGAAGAGCCACUUCGACCAAGAGAAGAGCCGCGGUCUUGGACUCCGACAACGAGUCAGAUGUGUCGACUGACCGUGUAAGAACCAGAAGAGUCAUCAAGACGACCAACAGAGAUAUGGACUUUGAGUCCGGCUCGGAGCUCGACUCGCUUGUGAACUUGACUCCCAAGAAAAAGAAGAUCAGAAGGGACAACACUCUGUCGCCUUCGAUUGCUCAACAACAACAGCUGCUUAUAGACGAGUCCAUUCCCGACUUCUCUCCUGUAGCUGAAAAGACUUUACCAGCCAACAACACAAAGUGCUUGAAGAUCGAAUGGAAGGGUCAGCCUAUGGAUUUGUCCACUGACCCCAACUUGUCCAAGUUGCACCCAGCCGAAGUAGUGCUUGCAUCGAUUUUGCGUUUGCCAGCAGCCGUAUAUCUUGACUCCAAGAGACGUUUGUUCUACGAAAAAGUGCAAAGAUUGAAGGUUGGCAAGCAGUUCAGAAGAACUGAUGCUCAGAAGGCUUGUAGAAUCGACGUCAACAAGGCAUCCAGACUCUUUGCUGCCUUUGAAAAGGUCGGCUGGCUAGAAGAUCAUCAUUUCCAACAAUAUUUAUAAACAACAACAACAACAUCAACUACAACUAUCAAUUCAAUAAUCAUUAACAUUAACAUUACAAUCGGGACUUGGAAUGGUCACUUCGGGUUUAGUUCUUUUUAUCAUUAUUAUUACUUUUUAUCUUUCUUCGUGUGAAUUGGUUUCAGUGAUUCGUCAACUACAGAGUUGACCAUAUAUACAAUAGGAAAAAUGGGUAUUACGGUUAUUAUGUGGAUAACAUAGAAUGGUUAUAAAAAAUAGAAAAAUCGUCAUAGACUUAGAAUAUACCUUCUUUUGUAUUUAUUUUGUAUAUAUAUAAUAUACUAUGUGAAC